AUGUUUUCAAAUUUAUGUUCAAGUCUAAAAUAUUUGACGAGAAAUAUUUCUUUGUUAUCUCCAACUACUUUAAAUAAUACUUUAAAAUGUACAUCAUUAACAUCUAUUGUUAGAAAUUUUCAAACGUCAUCACCUCUAAUGAGGAAUAACUUUUUACAGCAAUUAUAUGUUCGUAAUGGUCCACCCAAAAGGAAAACUCGUUCAAAAGAUAAACAUGCGAUUAGUGGACACAAUUAUUUUAAAGGAAUAGUUCUUAAAACUGUUAUUCGCCAUCCAAAAAAACCAAAUUCAGGAAACAGGAAGUGUGCAAUUGUUAGAUUAUCUACAGGAAAUGAAGUUUGUGCAUAUAUUCCUGGUAUUGGGCACAAUUUACAAGAACAUUCACAGGUAUUAGUUCGUGGUGGAAGAAGAAGAGAUUUAAUUUCCGUCAAAGCUAAUAUUAUUAGGGGAAAAUUAGAUUGUGCUGCAGUAAAAUCAUCUAAAAAAUAG